CUAUUUUUUACAAGUUUUUCUUUAAUCCCCCCACACAAAACAACUUGUGGUCUGUCCCAUCUCUCUCUCUUCUUUCUCUUAUCUUAUCAAAUAUAUUCAAACUUGGUCACAUCACAACCAUUAUAAGUCCCAUUUAACCAACUUUGAUGGAGGGGUCUCUCAAAGAUCCAGGACAAUCUAUCCCACCAAAGCCAGAGUGAUCAACCACCUCCCCCACCCCACCCCCUAACUCUCCCUCUCUAUAUAGCAAUCAAUCUUUGCAUCAAUUACUUGGCAUACCUUACAAUUCAUAGUCCAAAAAGAAAAAAUGCCUUCUGUGCACUCUAGUCCAUACCACAAGAUGGACAAUCCAAUAUUGUCUCUGCUCCGGCACGCUACGACGACUACUACUGAUCAUCAGAUCCAUCAAAAGCGCAGAAAAUCCCCUUCUUUUGGUGGCCUAAUGAAGGUUUUCAAGCUUUUUCCUAUGUUAACUUCAGGCUGCAAGAUGGUUGCCUUGUUGGGUAGGCCAAGGAAGCCUAUGUUGAAGGACAAUGCGACGACCGGAACGAUUUUCGGGUACCGGAAAGGCAGAGUGAGUCUAGCCAUUCAAGAGGAUCCUCAUUGUUUGCCAAUGUUUGUGAUUGAAUUGCCAAUGUAUUCAACCACAUUACACAAAGAAAUGGCAUCUGAUGACAUAGUUAGGCUUGCAUUAGAGAGUGAGACAAAGAGUCAUAAGAAGAAGUUAUUGGAGGAGUUUGUUUGGGCUGUGUAUUGUAAUGGAAGAAAAGUUGGGUAUUCUAUUAGGAGGAAACAGAUGUCUGAUGAUGAGCUUCAUGUGAUGCAACUGCUGAGAGGAGUCUCCAUGGGUGCAGGUGUUCUUCCUGGUCCUAAUAACAACGAGAAGGAAUCGCUUGAUGGGGAAUUGACAUACAUUCGAGCGCGAUUCGAGCGAGUCGUCGGAUCGAAAGACUCUGAAGCUCUGUAUAUGAUUAAUCCAGAUGGUGCAGCAGGGCCUGAACUUAGUAUUUUCUUCUUAAGGGCUCAUUAGGAUCAUCUUCUUGUACUUACCAAUUAUUCAAUUAAUAUAUCUACCUUCUCCUUGUUGAAAUUCUCAUCCCAAACAGAGUUGUCCUCUUUGGGCAAGAUUUUGUUUGUUGAAGUGAGGGGAAUGAACUUUGUUUAUAAGCUACUCGGUUGGGUUAUGCUAGACCGAUGUAGAAUUAUAGACUUGACACUCCCCCAAUUUGUAGGUUGGGUUAUGCCAAACUCAACAAGUGGAGUUGAUGCCACAUCCAACUGGACAGAGACUUUGUUCCAAUAUCCUCUUGUAAUUCUCUGUCCAAAUAAACCAACAAUAUUAUUCUUUUCGGGUUUGUGCCCACAAAGCUUUA